AUGCACAUUCCCCAAGUGAGGUGGCUCGGAUUUCUAGGCGCCAUAGUCGCAACUGCGCACGCAGUCGAAGUAGACUUGGUCUUCCCUCGCAAUGAAACAUAUUCACCAGCCGACUCAUUCCCUAUCAUCUUUGCUGUGCAGAACCCGCAGAGUGCAGAACUCCUCAACCUCCGCAUCUCCUACGACAUCCGCAAGGACAAUAACAGAAACAAUCAGACCACCCUAAACCACGAUCUGCGCUGGGCGAACUGGUCCAGCAGCGCAGGCCCUUACCUGGCAUACAAGUACGUCCGGGACCUCAACACCACGGGAAAUUGGAUCGUGGCCUGGGAGCUCUACUGGCAAAGCUGCGACGAGGAGGCGCUGGCCAAUGGCGGUGAACACGACGGGGUCUUUGAACACUACUACUCCUGGUGGCAGCACUUCACCAUCGAUGAUUCCCCCCCCAAAAAAGUGGAUCUCGUCGCAGCGACCGCCAACGCCACCUGCCCCGAGGACAGGAACGCGGUUGCGAUCAAUGUUACCGACACAACUAUGCAUUCGCCCCCAGGUGUCAACACCGCGGGCCGCGACACUUGCGUCGUUACGGCCAACUCGACUGCUAGUGCCACGCGCACUACCCCGGACCCCUGUCGCGUCGCUAUCGACGCGGAUACCGAGGCCAGUAUGGCCGCCGUUCACCAGAAACUGCUCUGCGAUCGUCUGAAAAACCCUAACCCGCCUGAAGACUGUCCUGCUGAGGAGAAUGGCGCUCAGCAGUUGGCUGUACUUGCUUCCUAG